AUGAUCGCGGCUGACAUUGAUGCUGAUGGCGAUGUGGACCUGGUGGUGGCGUCGUCCAGUGACGACGACAUUGCCUGGUACGAGAAUACCGAGGCGGUCGGAGGCUUCGGGACACGGCGAGUGGUGAGCAGUCUCGGGAACGAUGUGUGGUCCAUGUUUGCGGCCGACAUUGAUGGAGACGGCGAUGUGGACCUCGCGUCGGCGUUGUUCUUCGACAACUCGGUUGUGUGGUAUGAGAACACCGACGGGAACGGGACCUUUGGUCCGCAACAACUGGUGACCACGUUGGCAAACGGGCCACGGUCAGUCAUUGCGGCUGACAUCGACGGAGAUGGAGAUAUGGACUUUGCAUCAGCGUCAGAGUAUGACGACGAGAUCGCAUGGUAUCCUCGUCUCACGCGCAACGCGUUCCACUUUCCGGCUCCGCGGGUUGUCACCUACUCCCCUAGCCUUCCCGCCUGCCUCGACGACCCAACGUGUCUCUCCGCCAACAUUCACCGCCUGUCUCGGUGCAUCUCCGACACCCUCCUCUUUCCGCCCGGUACGUACGCAUUUGGCCGUGCUGGCGCGCACCUCAAGCUCGAUCACCCGUGUACUCUUGCAGCUGCUGUGCCAGGUCAUGUUGUCAUCGACGCGACUCUUCCUCCUAGCAUCUCUGCUGGUGGUGAUGGUGGAGUGCUCUUCCAUGUCGUGCCGCCGGCUGCAACCUAUUCUCCGCCUCUCUCGGUACGCCUUGUCAAUCUCACCAUCACCAACAUGGGCACCGGCUUUGACUCGGUCUUGGCAUCCCAAGGCAUGCGUGUUGACGGCGAACAGGCUGUCCUUGAGCUCCACUCGUGUCGCAUCGUGUCGUCGACAGCGACGUCCUCACAAAAGAGCUCUCUCUUUGAUGUCGGCUUCGGCGGCGCGGUCCUUGUCAAGAACGCCGGUACUCUCAUCGUUACCAACUCCACCUUUGAUCGCUGCUUUGCCUCAGUUGCCGGCGGCGCCGUGGCUGUCGAUCGGGAUGGUUCACUCGCGCGCAUCGCCAACACCACCUUCCUCGCCAACACUGCCAAAACCAGCGGCGGUGCUAUCACAGCCACAAACGGCGGCCACAUCGAGCUCGACGGCGUCCACUUUGACGCCAAUCUCGCUAGCAUUGGGAAUGGCGGUGCGGUGGCCCUCGACUCGGGCUCCUCGGCUACCCUCGCCGAUGUCGCUUUCGUGGCCAACACCGCGUCAGCUGGCGGCGCACUGGCUGCUGCAGCAUCAUCAUCGGCUUCGCUCGCCAGAGUCGUCAUCAGCCACAACAUCGCUCGCAACAACGGCGGCGGCGUCCACAUCGACGACACCUCAUCAGCCUC